ACACCCUUGAGGAAGUAGACACAAAAAUGUCGUCGGAUCUGUGAGAAGUUGGCAAAUAUUUAUUUAUACUUAUAUUUUGUGUUGAUGCAAGUAAAAUGGACAGAUUCACAUGGUCAAAUGGUCUUCUGGAAAUGAAUGAAACGUUGGUGAUUCAACAACGAGGUGUCAAACUUUAUGACGGAGAAGACAAGGCCAAGUUGGAUGUUGGAAUUGCUCUGCUGAGUACUCACCAGUUAAUAUGGAGGGACCUGAAGAAUAAUGAAUGCUGCAUAGCCAUACCCCUUUCUCAGAUCAUCUACUUUGAGGAACAAGCUGCGGGUAUCGGAAAGAGUGCCAAGAUUGUGAUCCACCUGCACUCUGCCCCGGCCAAUAAGGAGCCAGGACCCUACCAGCAGAGCAAGUUCUCCUACAUCAAAUUGUCCUUCAAAGAGCAUGGACAGAUAGAGUUCUACAGGAGGCUGACAGAGGAGUUGAGUCAGAAGAGAUGGGAGAGUACGCCCAUGUCACAGCCCAUCCCCACGGCAACGGACUCACAGACAGGAAGGACGCGGGCGGUGGGGAUCGUCGGCAUUGAGAGGAAGAUAGAGGAGAGGAGGAAAGAGACAGACAAAAACAUCUCAGAGGCCUUUGAGGACCUCAGUAAGCUGAUGGUGAAGGCUAAGGAGAUGGUGGAGCUGUCCAGGUCCAUCGCCAACAAAAUCAAAGACAAGCAGGGAGACAUCACAGAGGAUGAGACGAUCCGGUUCAAAUCCUACCUGCUCAGUAUGGGUAUAGCCAACCCUGUUACCAGGGAGACGCACGGUUCUGGAACCCACUAUCACCUACAGCUGGCCAAGCAGCUGGGAGACAUGCUGCUGGCACCACUGGAGGAGCGUGGUGGGAUGAUGGUCCUGACUGAAGUCUACUGUCUGGUCAACAGAGCUAGGGGAAUGGAGUUGCUAUCUCCAGAGGAUUUGGUGAAUGCCUGUAAGAUGUUUGAGUCGCUGAAGCUACCACUGAGGUUGCGUAUCUUUGACAGUGGUGUGAUGGUGGUUCAGUUGCAGUCCCACAGUGAGGAGGAGAUGAUCUCCUCGGCCCUGGACAACGUAACUGAUAAAGGUUCUCUGACAGCCGAGGAGUUUGCCAAGAUGCUGGGUCUCUCUGUUCUUCUGUCUAAAGAAAGGUUGUUACUAGCAGAGAAGAUGGGUCACCUGUGUAGAGACGACUCUGUGGAAGGACUACGGUUUUACCCCAACCUCUUCAACAGUCAGGCUUGAUGUAAACGUGUCCCAAAUACAAUCCUAGUCCCUGUAUAGAGCACUGCUUUUGACCAGGGUCCAUAGGACUUUAGUGUUGUGGGUUAAAAUGUGUUUAACCAACGACCGGGCAAAACCAAAACCCACUUCUCAGUAGUACAGGGUGUACUACAGAGCAGGAUCAAUGAGUUAGCCAGCUAACUCGCCUAAAUAUUCUGAAAUUAUAUUCUCUAGAUGCUUUUUAGAAAGAUUUGAAAUGGGCAUGGUCUGAUUUGAUUCAGAUAAUCUCUCAGUUUAGCUUUUCUUAAUUAAUCAGAAAAUCAAUAGUUAUUUCUGGUUGUUUAUCAAAGUUAGCUGACCAACUAGUUGAUCCUGCAUUGUAGUAUUGUAGGCCUCUGUAUCCACUGUUACUGUGUUCUGUUAAAAUAGUAGAAAAGAGAAGAUCUCACCUUGCUAGUCAGCCUGUACAGAUUAUAUUAUACAAAGGGUGUUUCUUUUAUGACUGUUCCCUGGACUCUCUAGACUUCUCAUCAUUUUAUUUUAUCGAGACGUUUGGGCUGUAUAGAGCUCAAAUGUAUCAGAAUAUAUCUGGUCUCUUGAGUCCCAGAUGACAAUGAUCUAGUAUAGAAGGUGAAGGUAAAGGUUUUUUUUUCUUCUGUGUUGGACAAUAAGGUUAAAGAGUGUGCAUCAAUCAGUUUGUCAUCAUCAACAUUGUGCCCUGGUGUUGGGCCUGAUCUAGCUAAGGCUAUGCAACUAAGUUGUAAAACACCAAACUUCUCCUGUAAUGUAAAGUGUGUUUUACAGGGCGGCCGUUGAAACUUUUUACAGGUGGAAGGUCUCUGAAAACCUCUUUUUGAAGAGUAUCUUAAAUAACUCUCACGGCGCACCCAUCACGCCCAUGCUAUGUGUUCCUUUACAUUAUAAAGACUGUAUGUAACACAAUGGUUAACGUGUCCCUUAAUUCAAAGUAAUUGGUUAAUAAACUGUUUAACUGUA